UUGUUGGAAAAUCAGCUUUCCUAAAUUAUUAUUAUUAUUCAGUAUAGCUGUAUAAUAAUAAUGCUGUUUUUAUUGUACCAUAUUUUUAGGGAAUUAGUUUAGGGAUUCAUUGUAUCUUUAUUAUUUGAUAUGUUUCUCUUUAUAGACUUAUUGUACAUGUUAUAUAUACUGCUUUAUAUCAGAAAUAAUAUAAAACAGAAAAAACCUUUUUCCCUAAAUCUGUCAACUUGGUAUCAGUGCCAGAAAAAGAAAAAAAAAAAACCCUAAUCGCACCCCUAACCCUAAUCACCUCUGUCCUACUUGCAUCAUGUCAGAUUCUGAGUCAGGUAUAACCAAAAACAACCCCAUCCCAACCAAUUCCACUGUUCUUUCUACCAAAUCUACCGAGUCUCACUCUGUCCAGAUCACUACUAUUCGCUUGAAUGGAGAAAACUUUCUGAGAUGGUAUCAAUCGGUGAAGAUGUAUAUGAAAGGUCGAGGAAAAAUGGGAUAUUUGACUGGUGAAAAGAAGGCUCCAGCAGAAACUGAUUCAACCUAUGAAACUUGGGAUGCUGAAAAUUCUAUGGUGAUGGCUUGGCUUGUUAACUCUAUGGAAGAAGAGAUUAGCUCCAAUUAUAUGUGCUAUCCCACAGCAAAGGAGCUAUGGGACAACAUUAUUGAAAUGUAUUCUGAUCUUGAAAAUCAAUCUCAGAUUUUCGGGUUAAAUAUCAAACUUGGAGAAAUAAAGCAAGGGGAGGACAGCGUGACAAAGUACUUUAAUUCUUUGAAAAGAAUCUGGCAAGACUUAGAUCUUUUCGAUACUUAUGAGUGGAAAUCUGCAGAAGAUGGCAAACACCACAAGAAAACGAUUGAGAAAACCCAAAUCUAUAAGUUCCUGGCUGGUCUCAAUGUUGAGUUUGAUGAGGUGAGGGGGAGGAUUAUUGGAAGGCAGCCCCUACCUCCAAUUGGUGAAGUAUUCGCUGAAGUUAGAAGAGAGGAGAGUCGAAGGAGUGUUAUGUUGGGAAAGAAGACACCUACAUCUAUUGUUGAGAGUUCAGCGCUAGCCACCAUGGGCGCAGGAUAUAACAAGAACACCCCAUACAUGCAGAAAACUGAUGAGAAGCCACGUGUUUGGUGUGAUUUCUGUAAUAAACCUCGUCAUACUCGAGAGACCUGUUGGAGAAUCCAUGGCAAACCAGCAAACUGGAAAAGCAAGGCAGAGAGAGAAAAGGCAGGUCGAACCCCUUCUGCACAUGAAGCUGAGUCCAGCCCCUUCACUAAGGAGCAGAUGAAUCACCUUCAUGCAUUGCUGAACACUACCUCGUCCUCAUCUGGUAUUCCUACUGCCUCUAUUGCAUAUGCAGGACCAGAGUUCGGGGAAGACGAUUGGCAGUGCUAGGAUGAUUAAUGGACUCUAUUAUUUCGAAGAUAAGGCUUCUGAAAAUAAAAUUGCUCAAGGAUUUAGUAGCAUUAGUUCUCUUUCUGUUUAUGA